AUGAUUUUUUCUUAAAUCUUACCUACCAAAACAACAAAUAUUUUAGUAAACUCUUUUGAACAGUACAUUACUGUUGUAGGAGUAUCUAAUUUAUUUUAAGUAUGGGAUUUGUAAAAAAUUUAAAAAAUUUAUGAACCUAAUUUCCAAAAUAUUUAUUGUGAUUAAAGAGAUGCAAAUCAAACCAGUGUUAGUAGCUCAAUUAAUUUUGUUUAUGCUUCAAUUAACAGCUUAGAUGAAGUUGUAGGUUUAUCAAAUAAUUAUAUAUUUGCUUAUUCUUUAAAGGAAUAAAAACCAAUUAUGUUCAAAAAUUAAAAUAUUGGUUUUAAUUGGAUAUAGGCUUACAUUUCCCAGAAUAGUAUCAUAUUAUGCUCAGAAUUAUCUAUUUCCAUAAUUGAUAUAAAAUCAUCCAAAUUUGUUUAUACCAUAGAUUCUUUUACUAGAUAGCUAUCAGCUUAUGAUGUUCCUAAUAAAAUUGAAGUUGAUCCAGAUUUUAACAGAAUUAUUAAAAUAGACAGAGGAGGUAAAAUACAGUAUUGGUCAUAUUUUGAUAAUAUUAUGGAGAAAUAAAUUUUUGUUUCCGGGACUAACUCAACUUUUAUAAUAGAUAAAUAGUUAAAUAAGCUUGUUCAGCAAAAUUUAUAUACUACAACAGGAAGUAGCAUUUUAUUUGUAUUUGAUUACAGAUAAGGAAUAUUAAUAGAUAGUAUAAAAAAUGCUUUCCCUGAAAGCAAUUUACAGUAUUACUAUUUAUAUUAAGAUAAAACUAAUGGAUAUCUAAUAGGAAUUAUUUAAACUUCAUAAUAUAUGAUAUAUAACUUCAACUCUAGUUAUAAUCAUUCUCUUGUUUUUAAAGGAACCUUUCUCCCAAAUUCUCAAACAUAAGGAAUUGCUUUAUUAUUGGAAAGCUAGAAGUAGUUAUUCAUUUACAUAAAUGGUGUCCUAUAUUUAUUUAAUUACUUCUACAGUGAUGGAGAUUACAAUAAAUGUAUUCCUUUUAAUGGAGAAAAUAUAAAUUUUAACAAUUUUUUUUUUAAUUUCUAAACAUAAAUUCUAUUUAACAUUUAAGAACAACAAAUUCUGUAAUAUUAGUAUAAUGUCAAUUCCUUAGAUCUUAUAUAAACAAUAAGUUAUAAUUCAGGCUAAAGUUAAUAAAUCUAUCAUAUAGAGCAGUUAAAUAUCUUUCUAAUUAAUAAGGGGAGUUAAGUAUUAACUAAGAAUCAUAUUACUUUAUAAGAAUAAGCAAUUGAUUUUAAGCAAGAUAUUGUUAAAAAUUUGGUAUUUGAUGAAUAAAAGGCAAUACUAAUAAUUUUAACAAGCAGUUUUAAGUUAAAUGUUUUUGACUUAAAAACUACAAUGUUGCUGAAUUCCUUAUAAAUACAACCUCAGCUUAUAGAAUAAAUAUAAAUAGAUACACAUUAGUAAAUAAUAAUUAUUAGCUAUGAUAAUGGAGACAUUCUUUUGUAUAACUAUAAUAUUUUCUCGAUUGUGUCUUUAUUUAAUAAUAUGUAACCAAACAAUAUGGAUUAUUUUAUACAUAAUUAUAAUACAAUGACAUAUAAAUCUGGUUCAGAAGUUUACACAAAAAGGCUAAUCAAUUUUGGAUAGAUUGCCUAAAUAACUCCUUAAAAUAAUGUAUUAGAUUUCCAUAUUCACUUGCAAAGCGGAUUAACUUUUAUACUAACUAACUAAGAAGUCUUUAUUUAUAAUCAUAUUAGCAAUUAAUAUCUUCCACCCUUUCCUAAUAAUAUAAAUUUAUCUAAUGCUUAUAUUAUUAGAGGUAUACCUUCAUAAGAUACCAUUCUUAUUGGUUAUCUUACUUCAGUUUCAAAUAAUAUUGUAGCUUAUAAAUUAAGUAAUUAUAAUUAUAUUAAUACUAUGAAACACGAUUUAGAGAAAUGUAAUUCUGUAGCAGAGUUAUAUUAUGAUGAUUAUUCAAAUAGAUUAUUUUCUGCUUGCACUGGACCUGGAACAGUCAUAGUAUGGGAUGCUUCAAAUUAAUUCUAAUUGAUAGAGAUUUUGUACUAAAUAGUCUCAGUGUUUUUAGUAUCAGAUAUCGCUUUCUAUCCAGAAUAAAAUUAAAUCAUGAUUUUCGGAUAUUCAUGGUGGUCAGCUUUGAUUGAUUAUAAAAACCUUUCAAAAAUAUGUACAAUAGAGGGCAUAUUUGGGAAUUUCGACUAUUUUAAUUAAUACUAAAUUCAAUGGGACCAUAUUGGAUAUAUUCGAUUAAACGAUUUGAAUUGUAAAUAAAUAUCAGAAGUUUAAGCUCAUAAAUAAUGGAUAUUUGAAGUUCUUAUAGAUUCUUAAUCAUUUAUACUAACAUCUAUAAGUAAAGAUUUAUUUGUAAAAACAUGGAACUAUACUGAUGGAAUUCAAUUUAUGAGUCAGUUAGAAUUUUAAAAUCCUUUGUUUUGUGGGAUGUUAGAUAAAGAUAAUAGUCUAGUUUUUAUUGGCGAUUUUAAUGGAUUUGUUUAUAUCCUUAGGUACCCAAACUUAUAAUUAUUGAGAAAAAUAUAAGUAGCAUAAGGAUAGAUAUCUAAAAUAUUCUUAGAUGUAAAAUACAAUUUAAUAUUGUUAGGCAGUCAAUCAUCUGGUACAAUUAAAUAUUUGAAUAUAAUUGAGCUCUUAGUUCCUAAUGUGUAUACUAACUCCUUUUAAACUGAAGGUAUAUUAUCGACAUUAUAAGUGAAUUAAAGUGUUAUUUUUCAUCAAGAACUAAAUAUAGUUUAGUAAUGGAAUUAUACAAGUUAAUAAUUAAGUUAUGGAUUUUUUGUAAAUAGCUAAGAUCCAUCCUAUGAAGUUUAAAGUAUGAUGAUUUUAUUGCAAGGUUAAAAAAAUAUAGGUGUAUUAUUAACCAGAGAUCAAACAAUAUUUUUUGAUUUAAAUAGUUUAAACUUAGUCAAUGUUUAAAGUGUUAAAUGCAUGAGAAAUACUUAGCUUACAUCUUAUUUUAUUUGUUCAUAAUUAAACGUUAUUACAGUAAUUGACUUAUUAGAUUUCAAAUAAAUAUAAUAGAUUUAAAUUGAUUAAAAUUCUAGUAUUAUUUAACUUGAAUCAAUUAAUGAAUUAAAUUCUUUCUUUGUUACAACUACUUUAGGAGAAAUCAUUUCUUUCUAGCUAAAUGACAAAAACCAUGUCUAGUUUGAUUAAUAAUUUAAUAUAAAUCUUCUUCAGCAAGCAAUCAUUAAUUACUCAUUUACUUAAUUGGAAAAUAUUUAUAUCAUAUUAAUGGCAUCAUUUGAUGGAAACAUAGCAUGUAUUAAAUUUAAUUCUAGCUUUACAAUUUUGGAAUAGUAAAUUAUAACGUUACUUGGUCAUAAAUCACAUGCACACAUAAUUAAAAUAUUUUAAUCAAAAGUUUUCAUAAAACGAAUAAGCGACUUUUAUAUUGGAUUGUACAAUUUAGAAGAUUUUACUCUAGUCGAAUAAAUAUCAAGUCCAUGUCUUGGCUAUGUUUAUAAACUUGAUUUGAAUUUGGAGUUGGAUUAUAUAAUAUAAAGUUGUGUGUGCAUUUAUUAAAUUAACUUGCUUUCUAAUUUUAAAUAAUUAGGAAUGGGAAGGUUCUUUUAAAAUUUAAAUUUAGCAGAUGUUUACACUACUGAUAAAAAUUAAAUCAUUUUAAUAAACAAAGAGUAUUUUGUAGAUGUAUACUAAAAUUCUAUUUUCAUUUACCAGAUAGAUUAAAUCUCUUAAACAAUUAAAAUCAAGGGAUAAUUUUCAUUGGAUAUUGAAGAUUUAGGGUUUGUUUCAAAUUAUGAGAUAUUUAAUACUCUUGAUAAUGUAUAUAUAAAACUAAUUCUUUACUCUUCUUUUCAAAUAGGUUAAUUGCAGCUACCAAUAUACGGAUAAUAGAUGUGCUAAGAAACUCUCUAUAUAGAUGAAAUUGCUUCAACUUUUAAUUCUAUUGAGAGUGUUUACUACAAAAUUUUAAAAUACUUUCCAAUAAGUGAAAUGGAUUUCUUAAUUUAAAUUGAAUCAGAUAUAGUACUCUAAAGACUUCCUAAUUUUGCUUUCUCUAGUUAAUCAUUGAUAACAUAUUAAGCUCAAUCUAAUUUAACAAAAUAAAUAUAGGCUUAUGUAAAUUCUGAUUUUUUUGAAUCAUUUAGCGGCUACAGAAAAAUUAUCAUGAGUAAUUUAACUCUUCUACCCUAAUAAUACGAUAGGUCCAAUUCUAUAUUCAAUAUUUAAAACAUUGGAUACUUAGGUUUCUAUAAUAUCAAUUUAGGAGACUCAGCUGUUUAUUCUUUUGAAAUUUCUUAAAUCAAUUAAGUGUAUUUCAAUCAGAUUUAAAUGAUGAGUUUAAAUAUGCAAAGUAGUUAAUUAUUGAAUCUAUUUAGCUUUUAUGAUGUCAAUUAAAUUUAGAUAAACUUAACAACUAUUUAAAAUUGUACUUUUAAUUAAAUUUAACUAUUCAACUUUUAUAGCAGCUUAGGUUAAGGUAUAUAUUAGCUUUAACUUACAAAUUUGAUCAUUGAUAAUUCAAAAUUUUACUUUUCUUCGUCAAUUAAUAUUAAUACAAUUUUUUACUUGUAAAACUUUUAUAGUGUAUAGAUGUCUUCUAUACUUAUCACUAACUGCUAGGGUUCUCCUACUCUAAUUUUUAGACUUUUCUUAAUUGAGAACUUAAUAUUAAAUACAAUAGAAUAUAAUAAAAAUUAAGAUAUCAGCUUUAUGGAUCACAGCAAUAGUUAAUAGCAGGUGCAAUAAAACUACUAUGUUAACUAUUAAUUAAUAAAAGAUAAUAUUUUACUUAAAAAUAUAAAGGUAAUAUCUAAUAUAUAUACAAAUAUAAUCCUUGAACCUACGAUUAAAAUAUAGUGUAAUUAUUUAACUAUAAAUGAUAUAAUAUUUGAGAACAAUGUAGAUAAUACGAAAUUAAAAACAAUAAUUUUACUAUAUAUUUAACAAGGAAUAUAAAUCUCAUCAUAGAAUAUUUUUUACAUAAGGAAUAUUGGUUUUAAUGCUUUGAUUUAAAUUUACCAAUCUAAUUUAUGUUAAUUAUUUAAUUUACAAUUAACUUAAAAUUAAAUCUAGUAAGGACUUAUAAUUAUGUCUUCAAGUGUGAAAUUAAUAGAUUCUAAAAUUUAAAACAAUAAUUCUAGUGGAUAAUACUCAAUAAUAACUGUUUAAUAAAAAUCAACUUUUUCUAUUAAAAACACAUAUUUCUCAAACAACUUAGCUUAAUAAAAUGGAGGAUCAAUUUAUAUUUCUUAAAGUACACAAAUUAUUUAGAAUUCCAAAUUUGAAUAAGACUCUUGCUCUGAGAAUGGAGGAUCAAUUUAUUCUACACAAUCAAAUCUGUCAAUAUUUUCUACAGUUUUUUUUAAUUGCUCAUCUUUAAAUGGAGGGUGCAUUUAUGUUGAUAGUGGUUCUCUUAAUUUAACACAAGUUCAAUCUUAAGUAUCAAAGUCUACUAAUAAAGGAGGAUUUUUAUUUAUGUCAUAAAUAUCAACUUUUACUGUAUAAGAUUCAAUAUUCCAAAAUAGCACUGCUUAUUCGGAUGGAGGCUGCUUUUAUAUCACAAAAUCAGGAGAUAACAAAUCAAUAAUUACUAAUUCAAGUUUUUAGUUCAAUAAUGCACAUGGGAGUGGUGGUGCUAUUCUACUUGAUACUUCGAACUUUUCUCUUUAUAAUUCAAAUUUUAUAAAGAAUAGAGCUGGUAUUGGAGGUGCUAUAAGAUAUUUAACGAUAAAACCUUUAUUUAUGCUUAAAAAUUAAUAAACUAAGAUAAUAACUAAAGAUUCAUGCAAAACAUAUUUUUCUAAUUCAUGUAAAUAGAAUAAAGCAAUAAUAUUUGGUGAUUCAAUAGCAAGUUAUCCCUAAUAUGCUUCAAUUUUUCCUAGCAGAGACUUUGAUGUAGACAUCUAGCUCUAUCCUAAUAUAACUUUUAGUAAUUUUAGAAGUGGUUUAAGUAACUUUGAUCUUAGCAUUUAGUUUUUAGAUGAAUUUAAGAACCCUGUGAAUUAAGCAGAUUUUUAGAAUUAAACAUUAACAGGUUAUCUAAGUGAAAAUUUAAUUUAAGAAAUAAGACAGUAUAAUUGCAGAGUUUAUAUAACAGAAAAUAUAGAAUCCUUUUAGAAACAGACCAUUAAAAUUGAAGGAGCUACAUCUAUAGAUUAUACAUUUUAAAGUUAAAAUUUAGCUGGGUGUUUAAUGAAUAAUUUUAAAAUAGCAGGAAUUCCAUCAUAAAGUGCUUUAGUUUAUUUAUAACUUUAAGGAAUGAAAUAAAUAGGAGUAAAUACUACUUUUUAGGAUGUUAAUCAAAUUUAAAUAGAGAUAUAUUUUAGAAGCUGUACCAGAGGAGAAUAUUAUAAUCCUACAUGUGAUGGUUGUUUGAUUUAAGAAUGUGCUUAAUGUUAAAAUGGAACAUAUUCUCUAAUUAUUCCAAAAAGUAAUAGUUAAAAGCAAUGUUAACCUUGUGAUUUAUCAGUUGCUGUAUCAUGUUAAUUGGAUUAAAUAGUACUCAAAUAAAACUAUUGGAGAAGCAACAAGUUUAGUGAUUAUAUUUAUCAAUGUGAUAAAAAUAUUUAGUCUUGUAAUGGAGAUGAAUAAAAUAAUUACUGUGCAAAGGGUUAUACUGGAGGAUUAUGUUCAGCUUGUGAUAAUUAUGGAAAAGUGUGGGGAAAUCGAUUUGGAGCUGUUUUAUCGAUAUAUGACAAAGGUGUGGUAUGUACGGAAUGUUCUGAAAUUUAAGCUAAUUACUUUAAAUAAGCACUAACAUUCAUUGGUGUUUUAGUAUAUUUAGUAAUUUUAAUGAUUGAUUCUUAAAAUAGUAACUGUAAGCUAUGUUAAAUACACACUCUUAAGCAACUCAACAUUAUUAAUUUGGGAGUUUCUUCUUUUACUCUAUAAUCUUCAACGAUAGCUAAAAUAUUUAUAAAUUAAUUUUAGGUAUUUGCUUCAUUACAACAAAAUAUUGGAAUUACAUUUCCAACCUUAUUUUCGAAUUUAAUUUCUUUCCCUAAUUUCUCAUCGCAGCCGAUAUACAUAUUUAUAUAUUCUUUAGAUUGCAGUUUAAGUAGCAUAAAUACUUAAAUUCCAAUCUAAUAUUUAAGAUUUAUUUACUUAUCUAUGGUAUUACCUUUAAUCAUGCUUCUUGCUUUAAUGUUUCUCAUAAAAGGAAUAAUAUUUAUUCUUAGCCUAUUCAAUAGUAAUUAAUACUUUAAUAACCAAAUGUACAAUACUAAAAAUAUGGCAAUUAGCUCCUUGAUUGUAUUUAUGUAUCUAGUCAUAUAAAAUAUAUAUUAGGCAGCUUUACAAAUAAUAUUUUGCUAAGAGCUCGAUAAUAAAUAUUACAUGAAAAGCCAAAUGGAUUAAAUUUGCUAUACAAAAGAACACAAUAAGUAUUUGUUCUUUCUUAUAUGCCCUAUACUCUUGAUAAUUGUAAUAACCUAUCCUCUUAUACUUUUUUAUUUAAUCUACCAUAAUAAAUAAUAUAUGUUUAUCAGACACAGAAGUGUAAUAAUUAGAAGAUACGGAUAUAUUAUUUCAGGCUUAAAGUAAAAUAGGUGGUGGUGGGAGUUUAUUAGAAUAUAUCAAAAAUUCAUAAUUAUCUUUCUUGCAACAUUCUUUAAUUCCUAAAGUCUUAUAUAAAUAUAAUCUAUUUUGUUUCUGUAAUCAGUGUAUUUAGCACUAUUAAUCUACUUUAAGCCAUAUGAAAACAAUAAAAUUAAUAAGCUAGAGCUAAAGUCAGUAACUUUAAUGAUACUGAUUUUUUGGAUUGCUGUAUUUGAUAAUUAGACAGAAGAAUCUAACAUUAAAUAGGUUUCUUCUGUUCUUUUAGUUGCUUUAUUUAUUAUGCUCUUUGGUUCUUUAAUAGCAAGUUUUUUGAAUAUCUUACUAAGAAGAAGCAUAUCUAUAAUAGCAAAAUCAAAAUUGUUAAAUUAUAUAUUUAUGAAAUUCAAAAAAUGUCUAUCUACAAAAAAUGAAUACAAAGUAAGACAAUACCUUAAAAAAUAAAACUACUCCUUAUAUAUUUUAAUAUUUAAGCCAAAUCAUCAAUCUCUGCAGGUCUUUAAAAACUGGAAGAGACUAAGACAAUUACUUUAAUCUAUGAAUAGCACAAAAAAAUAAUAUGUUGAUAAAGUAUCAACCCUAAAUAAUAUAAGUUCAAUACAUCGCAAUUCAUUUAGUUUUAAAACUGAGUAAAAUUUGCUUGUCUAAAGGUUUAAUUUAUUGUCUAACUAAAAGCUUUUGAAAAAAACAAAAACUGUAAGUUUUAGACUUAAAUAGUUUGAAUAAUCAAAUAUAAAACUCUCAUUUAAAAAUGAAUGA